UUGAGCGGACGCAUAAGCUCGGGCCAUUGACUUGUGUUUGGCAUUCAGCGAAGGUUUCGUGGCUUAGUUCUUUAAAGUCAUUGGUAAAAGUGCAUUGAAGGUCGAUCGAUAUUGAAAAAAAUAGACCUUAAGAUAGCUGAAUUGCAAAAAUGUUAACACUUAGCAAAAUAACUGGCAUAUGCAUUUUAUUUAUACUGUGCACUAGCAGCUUGGCUGAGGAAAUACCUCGUGAAAAGCGUCAAACUGGCAAGUUGCACAUAACGCUGCUAUACGAAUCACUUUGUCCGGAUAGUCGCAAGUUUAUGCGUCAGCUGGGACCAGUUCAUGAAGAAUUGGGAUCCUAUAUAGACAUUGAGUUGGUUCCCUUUGGAAAAUCUGCAUCUCAGUUCAAUGGUGCCUUAUUCGUUUGCCAGCAUGGGCCCGCCGAAUGUGAGGGUAAUCGUCUGCAAGGCUGUGUCAUCAGUAGUACCAACAAUCAGGCAGCUCAGGUGAAAUUUGUUGUUUGCCAAAUGUUUGCCUCAGAUUAUGCAAAUGCCGAAAAGUGUGCCGAGCAGACAAAUCUGCUAACGGACGUGGAGCACUGCAUGACGACCGAGACGGGCACCAAGCUGCAACUACAAGCUGAGGCUAUAACCAAGCGUUAUCAGCCAAGCUUUGUACCCACCAUCGUCUACAAUCAUGUAUUCAAUCAGCAGCUGCAGGACCAGUCGCUGAAAAAUUUCCGGGGCACCGUCUGCUAUUUGUUGCGUCAACAGAUCUCACUGCCCGAUAAUGUUUGCUAAUAAAAAAAACUCCAGUGUACAUGUGCAUUUCUCAAUAAAUAAAAAUAUGCGUAUUGCAUAUAAAUGCUGCUCCAAAAUGUGACAACUCUAAACUGGUUUCGUGCAGAACCAAUAAACAUGCGCAAUUCCAAAUUAAUGCAGACUCCGUACAAAAAAGAGUCCACAAGCCA